CUACCUGGAAGCAGCGGAGCUGAAAUCGCUUAUCCGCGGACUCGUCACCCGGCGGGGGGUGGAGUGGGAUGUUUGAACCGCACCGCAGAGUUUAAAUCAUCCGCGCAUCGGCUGCUCGACGCUGUUUAUCGGGCGUCCAGACCCUGAUAAAUCCUAACACACGGCCUCUCUAAAAGCAGAGGAAGCAGACACAGGAAUGUCUGCAGGAACAUGUGCGUCUCUCUGCUGCGCUCUGCUCUUUGCUGGCAUCUCCAUCUCUGCAGGCCAGGAAACCAUCACAGCUGAGCCUGGACAGAACAUCAUUCUGCCAUGUCGAGCUCCAAAUAACAACCAGAUCAGAGCUGUAGUGUGGGCCAAACCUGAUCUAGAAGAUGAACAUGUGUAUUUGUACCGGGACGGACGGUUUGAUCCAGAAGAGCAGAAUCCAGUUUAUAGGAACCGGGUGGAUCUGCAGGACACACAGAUGAAGGACGGAGACGUGUCUUUGAUCCUGAAGGAUGUGACAGUUAAUGACACUGGAACAUAUGAGUGUCGCGUCAUCCAGAGAGGAGCGAGCCACAGUAACAAGGCGCCCAGCAUCAUCUACCUGAGAGUUGUUGAUCCUCCAGGUCCAUCAGGAGGAACCACAGAGGAUGGAGGAUCUGCUGGACUGAUAGCUGGUCUGUCCGUUUCUGCUGCAAUUCUUCUCCUUAUUAUUAUUAUUGCUGUUGUUGUUUUUUUGACCUACAGGGAAAAAACCCUGAAAUCAAACAUCAUCAGGUGUCAAAUAUUUUGAAAUGAGUUAUUUCCAGCUGAACUGUAAGUCUCUUUUUUCAAGUUGUCUCUCAACACAGGAAAGACAGAGGAGAACAAGCUGAAAUUAAUAAUCAUCAAUGCUGUGUUGUUACAUUAAAGUUAAACCAUUUCCCUCCACGAAGGAGACUCCAGGCUGUUUCUGUUGUGUUGAUUCAUUUCCUUUACACUUUGUUUUUGUGGCUUUGUUUGUUGUUAAUAAACUUUUGAAUGUCUCAGUAAUGUAAUCAGUUCUGUGAUUGUUUGUUUUCUGUGACUGUCAAAGCUGUUUUUGUUUUUUACCUGCUGAACUAGUAGAUGCAGAUUUAAUCUGACCUGGAAUCAGUCCAAAGGAACUGUUUUUACUGUUACAGCUGUAAUAACAUUCAUUGUUGGCUCAGUGGCGCCCCCUCUCAGAGUUACUGGCACAUUUGAAAUGUUGCCAGUUCAGAAUAGAUGAAGCUGAGGUAGUUAUUGACUAAGAGAGUUGUUGUACUGUUGCUGCAACACAAAAGGGGAGCUUGAAGAGAUUUCAUCCUGCACAGUGGGGCAUGAUGGAAAAGAUAAACUUUGCUGUUCAUUAUUAUUGUGUCAACGUUUGCCUUUUAAGUUGCAUAUUAAAAAUAAAUGAAUGUU